CCGCCACCAUGAGAGCUCCCCGGGCCUGACAGCCCCAGCCUGCCCCAGUGUCACCGGCUCAUGCUGCUCUGAAUCGUGGCUGCGCUCCCCGAGCCCGGGGUGGGAUGGUGUGAGCCCGGAGCUGCUCCUCGCCCUCCCACCGCCCCUCACCGGCUCUGGCAGGAGCCGAGCCCGCCAGCCGCUUGGAUGAUUUGAUUCCUUCCCUGCCCGAAAUCACUCCUGCCCAGAUGCAGUGGAUAAUAUUCAUGUUGCUGUUAUUCAUCAGCUCCAUGGAAAUGCUCACGCAGAACCGAUGGAAGAAGCAAGCGAGUGCUGGCCUGCUGGAAAACUGCACAGGCUGCAUCCUGUGCUCUGAGGACAACGGCUGCAUCACCUGCCACCACCGGCUCUUCCUGCUCAUCUGGAGGGACGGCAUCCGCCAGUACGGGAUGUGUGUCCACACUUGCCCGCCCGGCUACUUCGGUGUGCGGGGUCUGGAGGUCAACAGAUGCACAAAGUGCAGGUCGCCCAGCUGCGAGAGCUGCUUCAGCAGAGACUUCUGCAUGAAGUGCAAGGACAAGUUUUACUUGUACAAGGGCCAGUGUUUUCGGCAGUGCCCCCCCAGCACUGCGGCGCAGCCCGGCACCCACGAGUGCCAAGAGACGUGCGAGCCGGGGCCGUGGAGCGAAUGGAGCGCCUGCACCCACGAGAGCCGGACCUGCGGCUGCAAGUGGGGCGUGGAGACGCGGGUGCGGGAGGUGCCGGAGGCUGCCCGGGAGGAGGGGGCUGCCUGCCCCCCGCGGCAGGAGAGCAGGAGGUGCCGCAUGAAGAAGCACUGCCCGGGAGAGAAAAACGAGCCCAGAAAUAAAAGCAAAAAGCGACAGAAGAAGCCAAAGACAGAACGACAUGUGGGUACCUAGCAGGCACCAGCACAGGAGCUGGAGCACCAUGGUGGGAGCUCCCAACCAGCUCCUGCCAUGGUGCCCUGGCCACAUCACCCCUGUUUUUCCAUCCACCAAAAAGAAAAAAAAAAAGAAAAAAAAAGAAAAAAAUAUUGCACAAUUUUCUCUGCCCCCUCUUCCCCCUUCCCCCUUUUUCUUUUGAGACAAUUUAUGGCCUGUAAAACAUUUCCUUUUCAGACAAUCUAAUUUGUAGUGUCCAAAGCAAAGCCCUGGGGCUUGGGGAGGGGGUGGCUCCUUUAUUCCUCUGUUUUUCCCUCUCCCCUAGCCUACUCCUUCCUUUCCUCCAGAUGGGUGGGAUGGGGUUGGACCAAGGGUUUGGACCCUGCUAAUGAAGAUGAUGCCUGCCUGGACCCCAUCCCCCAGGGCUGGGAGAUGCCCUGUCCCCACAGGGUCCCUAUUUUACAGGAGUGCUGGGGGCACAGCACACCACUGAGCUGCUCCAGGUGCUGGAUGGGGUCCCCCAUCCUCAGCCACAGGCACAGGGAGCAGCAGGACUUCCAGGCUUGAGACCCCAGGGUUGGGACCCUGCUGGGGACCAUGUCACUGCUCACAGUAGCCCAACCUGGUGCUCAGCAUCCCCACCAGCACAACCAUGGGCCAAAUCCUGCUGCCCUGGGGCUCGGAGGGCAGCUGGACCCCCCAGACUGGGAACCCUUCUGGGCACCAUGCCAGCCCAGCACUCAUCAUCCCCAUGGGCCAAAUCCUGCCAUCCCCUGGCAGACAGAGAGGCUGGAGCAGCUUCCCUUCUCAGCUGGAUGUGGGCACAGGAAUUUGGGGUGACCGUGGCCAUCUUUGGUCCAGGACAGGGGCACACACAGUGCAAGUGCCAGCCCAGUCAGGGGAUGCUGCUGCCCCCUGUGCAGCGGGGCAGCCCCCUCCCAGCCAUCCCCGGGGGCACGACCGGGAGGUGCUGAGCCCCGCCGUGCCGUUCUGACCCUCCAAGCCGGCAGC